CUGAUAUUUCCGCAGGUGUAAUAAGAGUGGGGAGUCCAACGACGACGCCGCGCCAAGCUUGCCCUUAGGAAGGCCUAAACGGUCUGUAAGCAAGAAAGCAGGAAAGGCGGAGUUCUCACCCCACCGUCCAUUUCCAGAUUUCUUGUACCCUCGAUACAUCGCACAGAGAGAGAGAGAGAGAGAGAGAGAGAGAGAGAUGCCUGUGUAUACCUGCAACGCCUGCAACUCGGAGUUCCAGACGGACGAACAGCAAAAGCUCCAUUACAAAUCCGAAUGGCACCGCUACAACCUCAAGCGAAAGGUUGCUGGAGUUCCUGGAGUGACAGAAGCAUUAUUUCAAGCAAGGUUAGCAGCAUUGGCCGAGGAACAGAAGAAAAAACUAGAUGAAACUCGGAUGCAAUAUACCUGCACUCUUUGCAGUAAGGAGUAUAGAAGUGCCAAAGCUCACGCUCAACAUCUCAAUUCACGAAGUCAUAUAAUGCGCAUGAACCAGGUUGGAGAUGUGCAAAGUGCAGGGGUGACUGUACUUAAACCGCUGCGAAACUCUACAAGCAGCAAGUCGACUGCUUUUGACAGACACUUUACUCACAAUGAAAUGGAAAAUGAUGAGGAUGAAGACAGUGAUGAGGAAUGGGAGGAGGUUGACCCUGAUGAUCUCAUUAUUCAUGAGGCAGCUGAGGCUAUGACAAAUCUGAAUGUGAAAGCUGCUGUUGAUUCUGAUCUUAUCCCCAGUGAGAGCGUUGGUGAUGGAUGGAAUUUAUCACACUGCUUUAUUUGUGACAUGAAUCCUGAUAGCACUAUAAAAGGUUGUGUGCAGCAUAUGCAUAAAGAGCAUGGCUUUUUUAUUCCUGAUGUUGAGUAUCUGAAGGAUCCUACAGGCCUCCUUGCAUUUCUAGCGACGAGGGUAGUGAGGGAUUUUGUUUGUUUGUAUUGCCAUGAUAGACGGCAACCAUUUGCUAGCUUGGAAGCUGUGAGAAAGCACAUGAUAUCCAAGUCACACUGCAAAGUGAAAUAUGGAGAGGGUGGUGAUGAUGAAGAUGCUGAGUUAGAGGAUUUCUAUGACUACAGCAGCAGUUACAUGGAUGAGAAUGGGAAACAGCUGGUGGCUGUAGAUGAAAACAGCAAUGUCGAACUGGGAUGCGGAGGUGAACUCAUGAUCACAAGAGAAGCUGGUACAGGAAUCUCAACAAAAAUUAUUGGUGCUCGUCAGUUUGCCCGUUAUUACCGCCAGAAACCACGCUCCACUUCAGUUGAAGAGGAAGAUGAAGGUGCCUCCCAUCCAAAGUCGAUUGUGAGAAGAAGGUAUCUCUUUCUCUCUCGCUCGCUCGCUUGCUCUCUCUCUCUCUCUAACAUAAAUGAAACAUUUCAUUGCAGGUAUGGUAAGAUGAGUGUAUUAUCUGUUCAAUCAAGAGGUGGGUUUGUGGGAAUGAAAAUUUUGAAGGUGAUAAGAAGAACAGGCAUGGAACCAAUGCGUGCAAGGCUGGGAAUAAAGAACAAUGUCAUUAGAAAUCUUCCUAAGAACGUCCCAUAUUGAGUCGGGCGACGCCCGACAUUCACCAUUGAGAUAUGGCCUUUGUGAAAUAUUGUGAGAGAGUAGCUCUUAUGUUGUGGUCGUGAAUAUAGCCACUGAUAUAUCGAUUUAGGAAAAUAUUCCAUCUUCUUUUUUGCCUUCUUAUUCUGAGGUGGGAAAUCACAAAUUUUGCUUACAUAUGGGAGCUUGUUUGUUGAAGAAAUGCAUAUUUAUCUUAUGGAAUU